CUGGGGGCGCGGGCGGGCGGCAUGUACCGGGCCCGGGCGGCGCGGGCGGGGCCGGAGCCCGGCAGCCCGGGGCGCUUUGGGAUCCUCAGUACCGGGCAGCUCCGGGACCUGCUUCAGGAUGAGCCCAAGCUGGACCGGAUCGUGCGGCUCAGCAGGAAGUUCCAGGGCCUGCAGCUGGAGCGUGAGGCGUGCCUGGCCUCCAACUAUGCACUGGCCAAGGAGAACCUGGCCCUGCGGCCCCGCCUGGAGAUGGGCCGAGCUGCCCUGGCCAUCAAAUACCAGGAGCUUCGCGAGGUGGCUGAGAACUGUGCCGACAAGCUUCAGCGACUGGAGGACAGCAUGCAUCGCUGGAGCCCCCACUGUGCACUGGGCUGGCUGCAGGCUGAGCUGGAAGAAGCUGAGCAGGAGGCUGAGGAGCAGAUGGAACAGCUGCUGCUGGGGGAGCAGAGCCUGGAAGCCUUCCUGCCUGCCUUCCAGCGAGGCCGGGCCCUGGCCCACCUGAGGCGGACCCAGGCGGAGAAGCUACAGGAGCUGCUGCGGCGUCGGGAGCGGUCUGCCCAGCCGGCCCCCAGUGCUGCUGCCGAUCCCCCCAAACCCUUCCCUGCUGCAGCUGUCCUACCCACUGGGGCCUCCCGGGGGCCACCAGCAGUGCCCCGGAGCCUGCCCCCCUUGGACUCCCGCCCAGUGCCCCCACUUAAGGGCUCCCCCGGGUGCCCCCUUGGCCCAGCCCCUCUGCUGAGCCCUCGGCCCUCGCAGCCAGAACCCCCCCAUCGGUAGGAUCAAGGGUGCGGCCCCCCAGUGGGGGGCCCAGACAAACUUGAUACGUGGCUCCUCCUUCUCCCCUACUGCCUGGGUGGGGGGAGGGGCAGGCCCCUCCCCCUAGCCUCAGGCAGGCCCUGGCCCUGGAGGCUGAGCUGGGGAGGAGGGUCACCUGGAAGUUGCCCAGAGAGGGCUAGGGGUAGGGUGGGCAGGGUGUUGUACCUCUAGCGCUGAAGAAACUCUGCCUUUUUUGUCUCCCCCACUGGGGCCUCCAGAGUGAUGGGCCAGCCCGGAUGAAAGAACUUUACUCACCUUUGGGGGCCUGGGAAGAUGCCUGCUUCCCCAGAGGCUCUGCCUAGGGGUGCCUGCUGCACCCUGACACUCCACUGGGCUCGCACAAUGCCAAGGCUGACGGGAGUGUUUUCCAUCAUGUCCUGAGCCUACCUUUCCCCCAAUUCUGGGGCCCACCGCCUAGGAGCCAGGUGGUCAGGCCCCAGCUGCGGGGCCAGGAACAUCAUGGACCUGGGACUACUUUGUGCCCUGCUCACGCUCCAGACCCUAGGGCAGGGUAGACCAGGGGCUUCUGACCUGCACAGGUGAGAGUGGGCCAUCCCCAGGAAAGACCAUUCUGUAUUUUUCUGUCUGUCUCCUUAGAAUGGAAACUUUUUGAGGGCAGGUCCUUGUCUUUGUAUGUUGUCCCCAGCCCCGCAUCAU